GCGUCCCAUUUUCACGACCCUUUUCCAGUAAGCUUUGCAGGCCCUUCCCCCUACCCUUCAUUUAUUAUCCCACUGCUGGUCUCUCUUCUCUCUCUCCCCCCCUCUCUCUUUCCAUAUCUUUGCUGCUCCGUCGGUUUCAGUGUCUCUCUCUCUCUCUCUCUCUCUCUCUCUCUGCAGUUUGAUGAUGGAGAUGGUGGAAACGGAAGAUCCAAUACUGUGUGAGCUAAAGAAAGACAGAAACGAGCAGGGUUUGCCGCCGGGGUUCAGGUUCCACCCCACCGACGAAGAGCUCAUCACCUUCUACCUCGCUUCCAAGGUCUUCAAUGGCAGCUUCUGCGGCGUCCACAUUGCUGAGGUCGACCUCAAUCGAUACGAACCUUGGGAGCUUCCCGAUGUGGCGAAGAUGGGGGAGAGAGAGUGGUACCUGUUCAGCAUGAGAGACAGGAAGUACCCGACCGGGCUGAGAACCAACCGGGCCACCGGAGCCGGCUACUGGAAGGCAACCGGAAAAGACAGAGAAGUCUACAGCCGGGCCACCGGCGGCCUGCUGGGCAUGAAGAAAACCCUAGUUUUCUACCGAGGAAGAGCGCCUCGAGGGGAGAAGACGAAGUGGGUUAUGCACGAGUACCGCCUCGACGGCGACUUUUCUUGUCGCAAUAGCUGCAAGGAAGAAUGGGUGAUUUGCAGAAUAUUUCUGAGGACAGGAGAGAAGAAAACACCAUUCUUGCAAGCUGGGAAGAGCUGCCUGCAGUUACAAGUCUCCUUAUCUCCCUGCACAAGCAUGGCUGUGGAUUCCUUGCCCCCAAUAUUGCUUGAAACUGCAAAACCCCAUAGCUCAAUAAUAAUGCAGCAGCAGCAGGAGACUCUCCAGAACCCUUUUCCGGCGCAUCACCAUCACGAAGACGAGGACGGUGACGUCAAAGCCUUGCCAAACUCCAUUUUCUCCCAAGCCUUCCCAAUAAUAAAUGCUAUCCAUCCCUCGUUUUCACAGCCUUCCCCAUUCAUUAUCGCACCACCAAACCCUAACCCUAACCCUAACUCUAACAACCCGUCACCGGCAAAUAACGCUCCUAGACAGUGCAAGACUACACAGGCCUUUUCUUCCCCAUUCCAUCUCCUCCAUCCUAACAAUAAUAAUCUGUCUUGGGCGGCGGAUCGGAAUUGGAUUCACAGCCACGACCCAUUUGCGAAUCUUUUGUUGGUGGGGAUGGACAGUGGGGCAGUUGGGUUGUCAUCAUCAGCAACUCCGGAUGGUGCUAAUUGCAUGGGUUUGCUAAUGCCCGAGAUGGGGUUGGAUCCUCCUGGCAUGAGAUCGUCAUCAUCAGGGAGUGAUGAUUCGUCUUCUUCGUGGGCUUUGGAUCUUAAAGAUCUGGCAGGCAUUUAAUAAUGUCGCUUUUAUUAAUGGAGAGAGGAGAGGUGUUCGUAGCAUUUUAUGUUGUUUUUAACGUUAUGUCUGUAAAUAGAAUGGAGUUGGGAGUGGUGUGUUAUAGAGGCGACGACGAUGAUAAGGUAGCAGGGCAGCAGGGGGCUAAGCUAUUCUCCAGCCAUGCACGUAAUCUGGUAUUAUUGGAGACCUCUCUGCACCAGCUAGCUAGCUAGCUACCUAGCUUUGCUUAAGAUUAUUAUUAUUAUA